GUGCAGGAAACGGCGACCGCGCGAGCCAGCGCCUGACGCCUCAUCCGCCAUUCGGCCGAGCACGCCGCACGCGCCGCCGCUGCUAUGCUCCUCCGGCCACGCCCCUUCCUCCUCCAGGCCCUCAAGCCGCUCCACUCCUCCCGCGGCCCCCUCGCGGUCCGCCGCACGCUCUCGGCGCACGCCGCGGCAGCUGACGCCGCCCCCCGCGGCGAUGCGCCCCCGCCGGCGCGAACCCGCCACAAGAACUCCAGGACGCCCGUCCCGCCUAGGGUGUCCGUUAACACGGCGCUGUUCUUCCCGCCGGGGGUGGAGCGGGACGCGGCUGUGACGGAGGAGAUGGUGUUGCCGGGGUCGAACAUCGUGGUGGGGCCGUACGCCGGGGACUCGAGGGUGAAGGAGGCCGAGUUCAUCGGGUGCAGCGCGCACGCGCGUGACUGCCCCAAGGACGACCGCCCCGAGUUCGCCGUACUUGGACGCUCCAACGUCGGCAAGUCCUCUCUCAUCAACGCGCUCACGCGCCGCAAGGAAGCCGCUCUCACCUCCAAGAAGCCUGGGAAGACCCAGACAAUUAACCACUUUUUGAUUAACAAGAGUUGGUACCUUGUGGAUUUGCCUGGUUACGGGUUUGCAGCUGCGUCCAAGACAGCUCGAAUGGAUUGGUCUUCAUUUACCAAGGGGUAUUUCUUGAACAGAGACACCUUGGUUGGUGUACUGCUCCUUGUCGAUGCUAGUGUUCCACCUCAGAAAAUUGACCUUGACUGCGCCAACUGGCUUGGUCGUAACAAUGUCGGAUUAACCUUUGUGUUCACCAAGUGUGACAAAGUGAAGAAAGGCAAAGGAGGGCGGCCCGAAGAGAACAUCAAGGAGUUCCAGGAAAAUAUCAAGUUGGUGUAUCCUGAGCCUCCUCCAUGGAUCAUGACGAGUAGCACUACUGGGUUAGGCCGCGACGGCCUGCUCCUCCACAUGUCGCAGCUGAGGAACUACUGGGACAACGAAGCAACCUAGGUCAGGUUUUCUCAAGGCUCGAGACAGGUGCAGCUAGGAUCAACACUACUUAUACGAGAGAGUAGCAGAAGACUGAUACAUCCUGACCAAGCGAUCUUGCUUUACAUAGGCUUCUCAGUCCAGUCUAUUUCCAGUUUCUGGCAUCUUCAUGUACAGAGCGGCAUGGCGCACGACACACAGUUUCUUCAGAUCACUGCUUGCGGGCGUUGGCAACCCAAAAUACAGUGUUGUUACCUCUGUAGAUUUCUGUUUGCUGUAAUAUUUGUCACCAACCUGCGGAGGUAAAGUCUUGUUGUACUCCGAUUA